AUGGAGGGAACCACAUCACUGAUCCUGGGAGAGCAAGUGGUGGCAACUGUCCAAGAACGGAAUGACAAGGCCUCUGACCCGAGCAGUGCUCAAAGCAGCAGACAUGAGCAGAUUCCCCCCCGGCCCCUGCUGACCCGGGCGGCCUCACGGUCCCGGUGCACCGAGGGAAGCAGAGCCCGGCCAGGGCUCCCUUCGGCCGCCCUUGUGCCGCCGCGGCUCUGCCCGCGGCCCCACAGACCUCUCGGCCCCGUGGGAGGCGGCGGGAAGGCGCUGUCCGGGAAUUCUGAGCAUCCUCCGCUGGCCCCGCCGAUCCGCGCCCUCCGGCCCGGGGCCGGGGAACAGCGGGGCGGGGGCUCCCCCGGGUCCUCCCCGCCCCGCGGCUCCCCACGGGUGCCCACCCCACGGCUCCGCUCGGGCUCCUCCCGGCUCCCUCGGGCGAUCCCCAUCUCCCUGUCGCUCCCUCCCCGCUCCGCCCGCCCGGGGGGCACGGGCAGCCCCUACCUGGGCGCGGGGCGAAGCCUCGUCCCUCCGGCUGUCGGCGGCGUCACGGCCGCAGGUUGUGGCUGCGGGCGGCGGUGCCGCAUCGAUAUAAAAGGAAGCGGCGCGGGGGGAGGGAGAGGCGGCCCCGGCACCUUCGCCGCGCCCGGCCCCGAUCCCCCCCCCCAGCCUCCCUCCCCACCGCCCCGGGAGCAGCGGCUGCGGCUCCCCCCGGGCAGCCCCCGCGGGGCAGCGGCGCUCGGGGGGUGUUUACCCCGCCGGGCCGGGGGUAAAGGAUGGGGCUCAGGUCAGAGCCCUCCCCUCAGGCCCCGCAUCCAUCCGGGGGGUGAGGAGGGACCCUUCGUGAGGAGUCAGACAUGGCCCUGCCCUCUGGGGGCACACACGACACAGCAGAGCGCGGGCGAGGCUCUUCUGCCAUGA